GGUGGGGCGAUUCCUUGGAUUCAGAGCACUGGAAUGCUGCUCCUUGAAACACAGCAGGGAGGAGUUCUCCAGAAUUCCCAGCUGGAAGUGCCCCCACGGAAUUGCUGCUCGGGGGAUGGAGCAGCAGCCCGGGAUCCCGAGGGGGGAGGGAGGGAAUUCGCACCCAAAAUCAGGGAAAGAGCCAAAGCUCCCCUGGGUUUGCUGCUCCUGAUGUCCCAGGGAGAGGAGGGAGCUGCUCCAGGAGGAUCCUCCAGAGGGAAUCACCCCAUUCCCAGCCUCUGGAAUCCACCAGGGACAGGCUGGGAGAGUCUGGGAUCCCUGCAGGAUCCAGGGGCAGCUCCAGCAGCAGCUUCUCCACCCUGCCAGGGCUCCAGGGGAAUCUUCCAGCAGUGCUCCCUCUGGAUCCACCACAUCCCACGCUCCUUCCUCUCUCCUUCCAUGGCUCCAAGCUUUUCCCGGGAUGCUCCUGCCAGUCCUGGAGGGUUUGGAUCUCUCUGCCCAAAUCCUGGGAAGCGGGGGAGCUGUGGGUCCGCCUGCAGCUCUCCAGUGAGGAUCAAAGCCUUGCCACGAUGGAUCUUCCCAGAAAAUUCCCCCUUUUUUCCUUCUUUUCCUCUCCCUCACCUUGAAAUUCCCAAGGUGGGAUCAGAAAACCCGGCGGGAUCAGAAAAUCCAGUUUUUCCUCAUGCUGAAAAUCCGGGAAAAAAAAAAUCAAAAGUCCAGAGACAUCCAAACCGAAAACUUCCAGGAGAACUUGGGAAUAGUGCCAUGACAUUCCUUGUUCCGCGGGGAUCCCGCGGGGCCGGGCUGGGCUCCCCCAGGAUUCCUCUUCCCAGGAGCUGGGCUCGGGUCCUGCUCUGCUGGGUUUCCUGGGAAUGCUGGGUUUCCUGGGAAUGCUGGGCCCUCUCCUCCAGGGAAAAGAGCAGCAGCAGCAGCAGGAGCUCGGCCUCCUCCCCACCACGGCAGGAGGGCAACAACCAAAAUUCCUGCUGGGAAAAAACAUUGGGAAUCGGGAUCAGAUGGGAUUGGGAGGGAUCGGGCCUGGGGAGGGAAUGGGAAUGGGAAUGGGGAGGAGCAGGAGGGUUGGGCCCCUUCCCGAGGAAAAUGGGAAUGGUCAAAGGCCAGGAAGCCUUGCUCUCCUUCCCAAGGAAAGCUGGGAAUGGGAGGAGAACAUGA